AUGUCUGAAAAAGAACAGCAACAGCAGGAGCAGCCUCAGCAGGAAGAAGAGAAGACUCCGCAAGAGGAAAAGCCUCAGAAGGAAGAAGGAGAGCAGGAGAAUAAUAAUCCUCAGCGAGAGGACCAGCCCCAAAAGGAAGAAGAAGGGGAACAGUCUGAAAGCGCUGAAGAGGCAGAACCUCAACCUCAGCAGCAGCAGCCCCAGCAGGUUCAGAGCCAUGACCAAAACUCGUUCAAUCUGCCCCCACCCCCCGGCCCUCAGACCCACCCCAAAAACCCUCCUCGCUCGGGGACCGCCCGAGACCAGCAGCUGGGACCACUGCGCUCUCAUCGCCAGCCUCUACCCAACGAGAUGGCUGAGCUUACAAAGGAUGAGCAGCCUGGCGGCAGAAACGAUGAAGAGGAGCACUCGUUGA